AUGCUCUUUACAUGGUCCUCCAAAGGCCUCUGUAUCGUAUUUCGCCAGUGGCAUGUUACCGGGACGUUCUCGCUCAUCCUCUCCCUGGUCGCCAUUGUCCUCCUCACCGCAGGCUACGAAUGUAUACGAGAUGUCAGCAGAAAAUAUGAGCAGGGUCAUAACGCCCGAAUGAGUGCCUAUAGCACCAGUGGUUCCAGUGAAAGCCCGCAGUUGGACCCAUCAAGCUCACUACUUGUUGUAGGGAGAGAUUCCAAAUCAGCCGAGCAAAGAAAAGGAACGCUCAUCAAAGGCGCUCUCUAUGCUGUCCAGGUCUUUUAUAGCUUUUUCAUCAUGCUCUUGUUCAUGACCUACAAUGGAUGGGUUAUGCUUGCCGUGGCUGUUGGUGCCUUUAUCGGCUAUAUUGUAUUUGGACAAGACUCAUCAUCAGCCAAAAGUGUGGCGUGUCAUUAA